ACAACCCAAAGUCCAUCAUGCAAAAUGAAAACCACCAAGUGCCAUCAACCACAACUUCACUCACGAAAAUAUCACUGUACAUACAACGGCACCGAACAUACCCCCCUCCACUUGUUAGUCCAAGUGCGUUACACGAAACACACAACUACACCCCCACUUACGAGAUCACACUAUACUAUCCCUGAAAUCAAGCAUGCACAAUCUACCGGACGUGGCAUGAAUUCGAGCAGUUGCGAGACACAGUCACCCCGUCGAAGAAUGCUGCGUUGUCUACGGACGAGAGCGACGUGAGAGGACCAGUUCAUUUCCUUGAACAGGCUAUGGCUCAGAUACCAGGAGAUCUGGCUCUAAAAUUCUUUUUGAGGCGGAAGUUGGGCUAUUGUAGGGGAAAGGGGCUGUUCAUGGAGUGAUUGGGUACUACUGACGUGGUGUCAUUUAUGGUCCGGCAGUUUUGGAUGGCGAAUCUGCCCGGAUAACCUCAACGAAUCCCUUGUCGAACUUCAAGACAAUCCUUGAGUCCUGAACAGCGGGAAUUUGAUAAAAGCAGAGAAUCCUAAAAUGAUGGACAUGAUUCAAGCGACCAGGAUUAAACCCGCAAGAAACUCAGACUCAGAGCUACAUUGUAUGAAAUACGACCAACUACGUCUGUAAGCUCGGGUUUUGAUCAUCGACUUGGUACCAAGACACGAAAUGU